UUUUAUAUAUAUAUAUUUUUUAAGUUAAACUGGGAUAUGUGGAGCUGUAAGGUGUGCACUGUCUCUCUCCCCAAUAGAUAUGAGCUACUAAAACACUGUAGGCUUCAGCACAGAAAUGUGCAACGUUAUUCCUGCCCACACACAAGUUGCCCAUGUAAUUUUAAAACGUGGAAUUCUUUGCACAUUCAUUUAAGUAGAGUCCAUCCUAAGCAAAGUACCCAAGACCAGCAGCAACUCUUAACUUACAGUUGCAAUUUGUGUCCUUGUAGUGAUCUUCCUACAGAGAGGGAAUAUUUUUUACAUAUAGGUACUCAUUUGAAGAGUAAUGAAACCGUUACUUGUAUGUUUGAGGGUUGCCAUUUUAAAACAAAUGUAUAUGGAACAUUUCACUCUCACAAGAACAGGAAGCACAACCCACACACAGUCAAAGAUUUCAAGCUAGGUGUAGUUACCACCUCUGCAUCUUCACUAGGAUCAUCAGAAGAUUGUGAACCAUCAGUCAGACAAGAAGUUGAAUCAGGCAGUGCCUUUUCAAGUAGGGAAGAAGAUGUAAGGAGGACCUUUCCUGAAGUGAUUGAGAGAAACUUUGCUGCCGUGUUGCUCAAGCUGGAGCAUUUUGCACAUGUGCCAGGUGCAAAAAUUGAUGAGUUCUUAGAGGAACUUCACUACUUGUUAAGCUCAACAGCCUUGCCCAUUUCCCUUGAAAUUUUUGAAGGGGUACUUCAGAAACAUAUCCCUUUGAUUGAUAGGUCAGUGUUAACAGAAGUAACUGCUGUUCUUUGCGCAUCUAACCCAUUGUUGAAAGCCAUAAAGAAAGAUGGCUCGCUAAGCUCAACAUACCUUCGUAACCAGUAUUAUAAAGAGAGCUUUUGCACAGUGGAACCUGUUGAAUACAUUCUUGAUGUCAAGGAACACAGAAGCUUUCAAUAUGUGCCAAUACUGAAGACUUUACACCAGCUUUUUGCUAAGAAAGACCUUGUGGAAAGGGUAGUUGAAAACCAUAAAGCACAACAAAGUAAAAUAUCAGCUGAACAUUGUAUUUACAGAUCUUAUCAGGAUGGGUCACACUUCCAACAGAAUAGGUUUUUGUCAGGGGAUGAGAUGAGGAUUUUGUUGCGGUUGUACAUAGACGAUUUUGAGAUUUGCAAUCCUCUAGGUACUUCGCGCAGAAAACAUAAGCUUUGUGGAAUCUACUGGACUUUAAGUAACUUGCCUUUGGGCUCACAUUCGUCACUGUCAUCAAUUUACCUGGCAGUGUUGUGCAAAGCUGUUGAUGUUAGUAAGUUUGGUUAUGACCAUGUCUUGCGUCCCCUUCUUCAUGAUGUCAAAAUUUUGGAAGAAGAGGGAAUUUUCAUUCCAUUACUAGGAAAGUCUCUAAAAGGUACAAUACAGGUUGUUGCAGCAGACAACUUGGGUGCUCACAGUAUAGCUGGUUUUAAUGAAACCUUUUCCAGUGGCUAUAUCUGCCGUGUUUGUACUGCAACAAGAACAGAGAUCCAAACGAAAGAGGUAAAAUCUGGUUUGUUUACUGUCAGGACCACAGAACUUCAUGACAGUCAUGUGAAAUUGGCAAAGAAAAAUGGUAGCAGUUAUUUUGGUGUGAAAAGACAGUGCUUUAUCACUGAAAUGUUAGCCCACUUCAGUGUACACACAGGCUAUCCCCCAGAUAUUAUGCAUGAUAUUUUUGAGGGCAUUGUGCCUGUGGAGCUUGCACGGUGCCUGGCAAUUCUGAUAUCAAAGAGAUAUUUCAAUCUUGAAACCCUCAACAACUCUAUCCUGCAUUUUCCAUACAAGUGGACAGACAAGACCAACAGGCCCCAUGUGAUACCAUCUACAUUUUCAACCAGAGGAACAAUUGGGGGAAAUGCUACUGAAAAUUGGGCUCUCUUAAGAUUACUCCCAUUCAUAAUUGGGCAUCUGGUGCCAGAAGGGGAGAUUGCAUGGGAAAUACUGUUAGACUUAAAAGAUAUUGCUGAGCUUGUGGUUGCUUCAGAACACACAGAUGAGUCCAUUGCUUAUCUUGAAAGCAAAAUUACUGAACACAGACAAAAGUAUCAGGAACUCUUCCCAGAUGUUCAACUUCUCCCAAAACAUCAUUAUUUAGAGCACUAUCCUGAGCUAAUAAGGAAGUUUGGUCCCCUUGUGGCCCUCUGGACAAUGCGCUUUGAGGCCAAACACAGUUUUUUUAAGAAUGUUGCACGUCACACCAAUUGCUUCAAAAACAUACCCCUCUCACUUGCUGCUAAGCACCAACUUGUGAUUUCAUAUCACUUAAGUUCAUGCACUUAUGAAAAACCUUCCCUUGAAGUCACCAACAUCUCAACAGUUCCUGUGGAUGUUUUGAAACAUGAAAUAGCUCAGUCUAUUGAACAGACUUGCCCUGGUACAACUGAGGUCCACUUUUCCAAACAUGUGUCAAGUAAAGGUCUUACCUUCAGAAAAGGGAUGAUAGUUGCUCAUGGAUCUAUAAGCGGGCUGCCUGACUUUUCAGAGAUUCUUCAGAUUUGUAUUGUUCAGGACAGAUUGUUUUUUAUUGUUAAAAGACUUUCUGGGUGGUACAGGGAACAUUUCAGAGCCUUUGAAUUGAGUGCAAGUCCAGCAAGGGAAAAUGUUUUUGUUGAACUUGGUGACUUGACCGAUGACUACCCUUUGGCAGACUAUUUUGUUGGACCUCUAAGACUGGUGACAUUAAAAAGAUAUAUUCACAUCAGGUAUGUUUUUUUUUUCAUUCACUCCACUUGCAUGAUAGAUAUUUUUAAUGUGCCCCCCUCCCACCCGCCCGCCUCUAAUAUCUAAUAUGCAUGUGUAUAUAUGAGCAUUAAUGGGUGGAUGGAUGGAUGGCAUAAGAGAUGCUGUUAGACUUAAAGCAGAGAAGGAGAAUGUUUAGGGAAUGUAUUCAGUUCACAUGAGCUGUUGUGAUGUGAUGUGUGUUUAUUUACUUUUCCAGUAGGUCUGUUACGAUUUUUGUCUCUUUCUUCAUUCAGGCCGUUGUGAAAUGGCUACUCCAGUGAUGCUACGAAUCAUUUUUGGAGAAAAUGAUUCUCAGAGAUUGGUCCUUUCCAAUGGGAUGCCAGAAUCUGUCAGUGAACUUGUGCAAGAAAUUCAGAGACAAUGUGCAGUAAAUGGGGACUUCAGGCUUCAAUUCAUGGAUCCUGAGUUUGGAAAUGAAUUUACCAAUUUGGUAUCAACAUCAGACAUCCAGCACAAAAGUUCUAUCAAAGUCAUCUUUAAUUCUGUUGCGACUGCCACGCCUAAUGAUACAGUUUGUCCAUUCUUAUCGACUGCCACCACCUCCUCACAAGAUGAAUCCUCAUCCCUUUCAUCACCUGGGAGCUCAUGUGAUACAGACAUAUUGUCUUCUCCUGGGUCCACAUCCUCAAGGUCCACUGCUUGGCCUGUUGUAUUUUCCAUCCCACGGUUUUCUUAUGAUGCUCAGCUCCAACUGGACAGGGCGAAUAUAGCUGUUAAAGAAACUGGUGCGUUACUAAAUCCUAGUAGUGCACUCAAAUCUGCUAUUCUUGAUGGGUUAACUGAAGCAAUUGUCCAACACAAAGUGUACCUCUCAGACAGGGAGUUUGACGAGGUAGCCGAAGCUCUUGUAACUACACACCCAUGUCUGAAGGAACCAGGUUCUACCACUGGCUAUGGUGGAUGGAAGACGAGCCUGAAAUAUAAACUUGCCAACUAUCGAACCAAACUCAGACGAAUUGGGUGUCCUGAAGUUACCAUGAAUUCUUUAAAGCAUAAACCUGAUGGGAAGUGCAGCCCUGCAUAUGGAGUAAAAAGGCCUAAAAAAGCUGAAGUGAAUUACUGUCCAACUUAUCCAGUUGGGGAAACGGCAGAAACAGUAGAACAGAUGCGAGUGGCGCUCCUGUCAGAAGUCAAGAUAAGAAACAAUGAGCAAAAGGUAGCACAAAUGAUGGAGAUGACCUUUGCACUUAGAAGGCAAGAGGUAGUUCAAGAAGCACCCAUGAUUGCGGAGUUCAAAACUAGGUGGCCAGCUGUCUUUCUUGUGCGAGAGGCAAGUACAAGAGUCUAAGAACAUCCUCAUUUUACAGAAAACUGACAUAUCUACACAACUGUAACAUCAUUAUAACUUACUUGACUUUUGUGUCACUGUUUUUGUAGGUGAGUGCAGAAUUUAAGAGAAUCACAACAGUUCCUUUGGUGCCAAAGUUCUUCUCUGCGCUGGAUAAUCACUCGGCAAACCUGAUGAAGGCCUUUUCCAAGAAAGGUGGAGAACAAGGGAGAAAAAUCAGGACCAUCAUAGCAGCUAUAACCAAGGCUGACAAUAUCCAGGUUAAAAGAGAGUGCAUCCUCAAAGCUCUUUGCGUCUACCUAAAUGAAGAUCCAGAGAAGCUUGUCAAGGAAUACUUGGAUACUGAAGACUUCCAAAUGGCCUCUGCGGAGACUGUCAUUGGAAUCUCUGUUAUUCUACACGAAGGUGCAGAGCCCGGUGACAAUGUGGAGAAUGUUAGCAUCGUUUUGGAAGGGAUUGAAGUGAUGAGUGAGUUGGACAAUGUACCUUUUGCUGUGGCAAUGCUUCUUGGCCUUGUAUAUGCAAUGAACCUCAACUACCCCCAGGAGCUGAAAUACACCUUUGAGGUUUUUCAGAAAAUCUUUCUGGAAUUGGAUGGACAUAAACUAUCUAACAAAGCACAAGUCCUCAAAACAUUGCUUUCCCGUUGAAGAACCUUGUCUUAUAAAAGCUGCCUCGUUGCGUUGUCUUUGUUAGAUGGGGACUUUUUGAUUUUUGUUUAAAAAAACAAAUAUUUUGUAGCUUAGCAGUGCUCUUAUUUUGUAUUAAUGUUUUGAGACCAAUUCAUUUUUUAAUUUAAUAUUAUUCAAGUCUGAAAAUACUUGGAAAUAACAUUAUUUUUGGUCAUAAAUUUUAAAGGAAUCCUAUGUUGGUAUUUUGCUCUGCUGGUGUUUAAUCUCCUAGUAAUGGAAGUUAAAUUGUAUACUUGUUUUGUGUUAAACUUUUGUCAUGCCAACCAGGCAGUAGACUUUGUAGUUGUCAUUUACAAGUUGUCUGUUACUUUAGAGUAUUUUUCAAAAUGUUCGGUCUGACUGAAGUAAAUCUUUGCAUUGAACUCUGAACUAUGUAAAAUUUCAUAUAGAAGAGGAAUGUGAAGCAUAUUUUCAUUGGGAUUGUGAAAACUCUCCCUCAGUUUUUGGUUCUCAAUUAUUAAUGUUUUGUAAUACUGGUAAA